UCUGACACUUUUGUGGUGUGUUAGUCUAAUUCAUGGUGAGAGAACAAUCUCGAAUUGUUUUGAUCUAUAGAAAUGGAUUUUCAUGGAAUGAAGAGGAAGCAAUUACAAAGUUUAUGCAAGAAGCAUGGGAUACCAGCUAACUUGAAGAAUGUUGAGAUGGCUAAUAGACUCGCUUCUGCUUUCGAGGGAUGCCAGCGGAAGAACGUUGGAACGCAUAGCAGAGGGAUUAAUGUUCAAGAUCUUCAAGAAAGUGGUGUUGAGCUAAAGCGGUCAACAAGGAUUUUGGCUACGGGGAUAACAGUAGCUGGAUCUAAUGAAAAUGACGUUUCAAAAGCUCCCAAGGUCCCAAGGCCUGGUGAUACUCAAGAAGACUGUAAAGGAACAGAACUGAUGGGUUUGGAACAGUUUGAGAAUGAGGAUAUCUCACAAGGAUGUGAUCAGGAUGGGGUCAAGUUAGUAAAAAAUGCUCAAAAUCUGUCUAAGCAGCGUGAAAAGAGUCUCAGUGAACUCCUCCUAGUUGAUGGCCAAGUGCACAAGUGUGGUAAACAACCAAGGAGAACUUUUGGAGAUGGUCGCCAGGAUCAAAACCUUCUAAGAAGUUUGACGCACACUAUGUUAGAUAAUACUCUAGGUCAAGCAGAUGGAGCCUAUGUUGAUAAUGUGAAGAAGUCAAAUGUAAAUGAUGAAAUUCAGGUCAGUGUUAUAUCUACUAGGAAGGAUGAUUCAUUUGAGGCUCCAAUAAAAGCUAUCCUGGAAAAUUCAGCUGAACAUUGGAAAGAGACUAACCCAAGCAAAGAUGAUGAGAAAAGUUCCUCAGAGAAGGAUGUACAAGCAACAAAUUUACAUGGAAACUUUUUUGAAACCAACAGUGCAGAAGAAGAAAUGGAGAUUGCUAAGGUCGGUUGUCAGGGUGCUGGUCAUUGUGAGGAACAAUCACCAGAAAUGUUUUUGGAUGAGUAUGCUCAGUGGGAUCCAGAAGAAGCAGGGGACACUCAUGUGAAAGCUAUUAGCUCAUCCAAGACAGUGAAUCAAGAAUUUGUAGAAGAUAUGCCACAAGGAAUGGCCAAGGAGGACUCACCUUCUACAUCAGAAUCUGAUUUGAGUUCUAAGAAUGCUUUGGAUUCUGCACGGGCAGUUUUAGGUGAUAUUUCAAACACUCAAGAUUUGGAUUCUCAACUUCUGAAAAGAGAACAUGAGCAAAAAACAUGUCUGAUGGAUGUGACUAUGGGUAAAGGGGAAGCAUCUUCAUUGUCUGAGUUUCUUGUUGAGCGCUCAGUAGCGAAAAUACGCCCUGAUAACGGCACGAUUGAUUGUUAUCUAUCUGUGGAAAAGACUACGCCUCCUGCUUUAGUACAGUUAGGGGUGCCGCCUUCUAGCAAUAUCAAUGACAAGGAUAUGGUUUCGACAGUUCUCACCGCGGAAAAUAUUGAAACCAAGGCAAUCAUGGAAAAUUCAUCUGAAUGCCGAUCAAGCAAAGAUGGUCUGACACUGACAUGUUCCUUAAAGAAGACAACACAAGCAGAAAAUCUUCAUGAUAGCUUCUCUGGAUACAACACUGAGAUUAGUAAGGUUGGUUGUACCAGUUUUGGUGAUUGUGUAAAUCUGGAUAUCCUCGAUGAAGUCAAGGGUGAGGUUCUGCGGAAAUCGGAGCAAAGAAGUUCUUAUGAAAGAUGUUACAAACUUAAUGCGUUAGAGCUAAGAAGAUGCUCGGCAACUGAUUAUACUUCUCACUCUCUUGAGGAAAAAAAAGUUUCAAAGCGUUUUGAGGAAUCUGACACGUCCUCUAACCCAGAGAGGCACAUGCUGAUUGGAGACUCCAAACUAGAUGGAAGAAAAAACAUAGGAGAUUAUUCUGCUAGCACUUGCGAAGAGUUUUUUUUCACUUCUCUAGAGAGAAAACAAUUUUUAGUAAACUUUGAACGAUACAGUGCUGGAAAGCAAGAACAAAAGGAGGUUAACGGCAGUGUGAUUGAGGAAAGUCUUGUUGCAGCUCCAGAUCUCAGAGAAAAAACCAUUGCUAGCUCAAGCGGUUGUAUAACAUCCAAAAUUUCUUACAGCCAUGACUUUAAUGCCGGGAAAGAGACUGCAGAUUCAGAGUUAAUGCUAAAUGAUUGUCAGGCAGAGGGUGUUGUCGGUCUAGAUACUACACUAGGGACAUCAAAGAAAAGCAGAGAGCAUUGUCCACAUGUUGACUUGAUAAAUAUUUUUGAUUUUGACACUGAGGAGGCAGAGACAAUCAUGGGAGCCGAAAGAAAUGUUUCCAUUAGAUCCUACGUUACCUUACCAGCCAAAGGUAACUCCGAAGAAGUUCCUAGCUACCUUGAAGCUGCUGGUCACUGUUCCAUGGUGUCUGAAGAACCUGGUCUUUCCACAGACAUUCAGAAUCAGGCACAUGUUUCAUUGGAGGGAUUGGCAAUAACAACAGACAAUGAUGAAACAGAUGAGCAAACAAAGAAGAUUCAAAAAGGCUUCGAAGGAAAUUUUCGGUUGAACACCUCAUGUGUCUCUUAUGUCUCUGAAAAGAUAUGCAUCUUAGCUGGAACAGAGAAUGAAGAUUAAGCAGCUAGUCCAAUUGCUGAUGCCUUUGAGAAAACCAUCUCUCUGAUCCCUAAUGAAUCUACUGUUCAGAAUAAUAUGAAGGAAAAAGAUAAGGAAAUGAUCAGGAGAGAAGCUAGGCCUGAGACCAGAAAGGAGUAUUUGAACAUUGAUGAAUCGGGUGCGUUAUCCAAGAUGCAAGUAAGAAGAGAAUCAAGCUUGACUUACAGAACGCAAGUGAAGCCUAAAAUACAUGACAUGAAAGAGAAUGCACCAAACUCAAGGAUUGUGCGUAAUCUUAACGUAACAGCUCCAAGAACAUCAAAGAGACACCCGCUCCAAGACUUGACGAAGAACUAGAAUCUGCAUAUCUCAUGCAGUUUUGGGCCUUGUCUAAACUUUCUCCUCUUUGCUAUAAUAAUUUCUUUUUCUAUUUCUAUUUAUGUACUGUGA